CCGACCACCGCAUUCCCCGUCCCGGCCGGCGGCUACCGCAUCCCCCGAAACCGGCGGCGGGUCUCCUACCUCCCCGGCGAAGCCAGCUCCAGCUCCUGUGAGGCAAGGAGAGGAGGGACCCAGUCGGCCGACCGAAACCCUAGCCCUAGCCCCAGCGGCAUCGGUAUGUGACAUCGCCGACGCGGCCGUCGCCGUCGCGCCGUCCCAAGCUACCUCACUUCUCGUCCCCGACGCGUGGCCUCCCCGACAGCGGGGGACAUGGAGCGAGGAGAUACGCCCAAUUCAGGACCGCCAGUUGCGGCGUCAGUGAUGGCGGCGGCAGCCAUGGGAGAGUCCCAGUGUGAGGCGACGCGGCAGAAGAGGAUGAAGAAGAAGCCAAAGCCGGAUGGUGCGGGGUUCGGGAUGGCUCCGUCGCAAUCUCCCCUGCCGGCUGCCACAUUCCUCCAAACCCAUACCCAAUCCCCCGCUCCCGGAACCCCAAUCCUGGAGGAGGCGGUGGCUGUGCCUGUGAGGAAGAGGAAGAGGAAGGUGCGUAAUGAUCAGAAGGCGGCAGCGGAGGGGGACAAACAUGGGGAGGAGCCCAUGCUGGCAGCAACAACGACGAUGAAGAAGAAGAAGAAGCAUAGGGAGCCCAGGUCAUCUCCUUCACUGUCCGCUGCUGCCGCUGCCAAAGAAUCAAUUUUGCAGCAGGGGCCGGAGGUGAACACCAAACAGAAGCGGAAUAAUGAAGAGGGGCCAUCCACCGCCCAAUUGCUUCAAGACCCAGCUCAAUCCCCAGCUCUCGGAGCCCAGAUCCUGGAAGAGGCGACGACCGAGGCUGCAAUGAGGAAGUGGAAAAUGCGUGAUGAGAAGAGGGUGGCGGUACUGCCUUUUGCUCAAAACCAGGAGCAGACGGAGGAGCUCGUGCUGGCGGUGACGACGAAGAAGAAGAAGCGCAAGCGCAGGGAGCGCAAGUCAUCGCCUUCACUGACCGCUGCUGCCAUUGUCGAAGCCCCAAUCUUGCAGCAGGAGGCCAAGGUGACCAAGAAACGAUUGCCACUUGAUCCCACGCAGGCUCAAUCACAAGGAACAAAGGCCCCCCGUGCCUCCAAGCCUCUAUCCGCUGCCACAUUCCUUGAAGCUCCAACUCAACCCCUAGCUUCCAGAACCCCAAUGUUGGAGGAGGCGGCUGUGGCGGUGAUGAGUGAGAGGAAGAUUUGUAAGGAGCAGAAGGUGGUGGCACUGCCUCUUUCCCAAAACACUACAUUGGAGGAGCCCGUGCUGGCGAUGACGAUGAUGAAGAAGAAGAAACACAAGGAGCGCAAGUCAUCUCCUUCACUCACUGUUUCCACUUUUGCCGAAGCCCCAAUCUUGCAGCAGGAGGCAAAGGUGACCAAGAAACGAUUGCCACUUGAUCCCACGCAGGCUCAAUCACAAGGAACAAAAGCCCCCCGUGCCUCCAAGCCUCUAUCCGCUGCCACAUUCCUUGAAGCUCCAACUCAACCCCCAGCUUCCAGAACCCCAAUGUUGGAGGAGGCGGCCGUGGCAGUGAUGAGUGAGAGUAAGAUUUGUAAGGACCAGAAGGUGGCGGCACUGCCUCUUUCUGAAAACACUACCUUGGAGGAGCCCGUGCUGGCGGCGACGAUGAUGAAGAAGAAGAAACACAAGGGGCGCAAGUCAUCUCCUUCACUCACUGAUGCCGCCGCUGCCGAAGCCCCAAUCUUGCAGCAGGAGGCAAAGGUGACCAAGAAACCGAAGCGGAGGAAGGAGGAGGGGCCAUCUACCUAUUCGCCAUUGCAACUUCACCCCGGGUUGACUCAGUCAGAAGGAACAAAGGUUUCCCAUGCCUCAAAGCCUCUACCCGCUGCCACAUUCUUUGAAGACCCAGCUCAAUACACAGCUCCCAGGGCCCCAAUGCUGGAAAAGGCGGCGGCGGUGAUGAGCAAGAGGAAGAUUUGUAAGGAGCAGAGGGUGGCAGCAGUGUGUCUUGCCCAAAAUACUACCUUGGAGGAGCAGAGGGACGACACCAUGGCGGUAAAGGAGAAAAAGGAGUCCAAUCACAUGAAGCACACACUGUCAUCUAUUUCUGCAUCAGCUGCAUCUGAAACCACCAUUUGGGAGCAGAAAGUGAAGGUGACCAAGAAACAGAAGCAGAGGAAGCAGCAGGAGCCAUCUGGCAAGUCACCAUUGUCACUUCACCCUGGCCAGACUCACUCAGCCCAAUCACAAGGGGGCAAAGCUCCACCGGAACAAGAGGGAGAAGCUGAUGCCCGAAAGGGUAGUAGUAUUAAGAAAAGCAAUGGAAAAAUGCCCUGCGUCCGUGUCCUCAGCAAUCGUAAGCUUAUCAAGGAGGCAAGCAAGAGGCAGCCGGCGCUGCCCGAAGGCUUUGUGCCGUUCAGUGAUUUUGUUUCCAAUUGCACGGAGCAGAACCCUGAUGAAUCAUUGCCUUACCGUGCAUUUUUUGACCAGUUCCGCUAUAACCCUGUCCGUGGAGAUCACAAACCCCCACUUCCUAGAACCCCUGAUCAUCUAGCAAGGCUGCUACCUCGGGCGAAUGAAACCUCCAAGGCUUCCAAGACUAACAAUUCUGUAGUUUGCAAGUCAAAGAAGAAAGAUUCAGGUCCAGGCUCACAGGAGAAACUACAUCCACAAGUAAAGGAAAACCCUAAGAAAAUGGGGACCACAAAGCGAAGGCAACCACCACCGUUACUUACCCCUGCUGAGAUGUGCUCAGACAUAUACAGGCGCGUUCCCCUGGAUCAGCUGGUACCACCGCCACGCUCUCCGCAUAAUCUUUUGCAGGAGAAGUAUGCUUCUGAUCCAUGGAAGGUUAUUGUCAUCUGCAUGCUGCUCAACUUAACACAGGGUAAACAGGUCAAAAAUAUUAUUGAGGGGUUCUUCGAAUGCUAUCCUGAUGCUCACUCUGCAAUUAACGCUGACCCUGAGAAGAUGGCGGGGUAUCUUGAAUGUCUAGGGUUGCAGCAUGUAAAAACAACUAGAAUCCAGAAAUUCUCCAAGGAGUAUGUUGAAAAAGAAUGGACCUAUAUUACUGAGCUUUGUGGUGUCGGCAAGUAUGCAGCUGAUGCUUACGCAAUAUUUUGUGCUGGUAGAGCAAUAGAGGUGGCGCCUAAAGACCACAAGUUAGUUGAUUAUUGGAAGUACGUCUGCUUUAAGCUGCCCCUGAUGCAGAAAGCGCAAAACGCGCAGGAAGCUGGAGUUCAGGAGCAGGAAUUAGCCGUGAUGAGCUAAAACAGGAAAUUGGGCUGUAGGACACAGCAAGUGCUGCUGAUGUUGUGCUUUGCCUCCUGAAUAGUAUUAUUAAAAACGUGAUGCUGCUGUCUAUGAGGGCAAACCACUUUUUUUUUUAUGCGAUGACUUUGGCUGUGAAUCAUCAUCUUAAUUGUUUGGGCCUUGUACAGGAUGUUGCAAGUUGAAGGCAAAGAAGUUUCUGUCAGUAUUUGAAGUUUAUCUUUAUCUUUAAAUACGUCUUCUUUGUUUGUAGAUAGAUUUACUAUCCUCUGGAAAUAAAGUUUUUUUUCUCCCUGGUCCAGUUGACACUGACGGAACAUGUUCCUAGUGUGUUGAAUAAAUUGAGAAGAUUUUGGUGAUUUUCUUAACGAGAGUUUGGUGCCAAGAUCCAUCCAAGGAUCCAAGUUCAGUGUA